UAUUUUCAUCGACGUUUGUAAAGAGAUACUAGAGUAAACUCUUGGCUAUUCUCAGCGCGCAAAUUAAAGGUACUGCAGCCUUGAAAACACCAUAUUAUUUGUUGUGAUUUAUUUGAAACGCAGACAUAAACAAUUACCAGAGAACUAAAAAGGAAACCCAACGGUCGCAAUAUCUACAAAACAGGCAAAGGAGUGAACAAGGUCUCCUGUUGUAUGUCGUAAUAGCAAGUUGUCGAGAGCAGAGACUUGCCACCAUGGUUUUAAGUGAGAAUGAUGCUGGCAAGGGCUUGACCACUGCCGCUGCGAAAGGGAACACAGCCGAAGUGCGACGGAUGCUGGAGGAAUGCCGGGUACAUCCAGACACGGUCAAUGAAUUUGGCCGGACCGCAUUACAGGUAAUGAUGAUGGGAAAUACAAACGUAGCGUGUCUACUGCUAGAGCAUGGCGCGGACCCCAACAUCCAGGACCGCUUUGGUGUGACCCCUGCCCACGAUGCCUCACGCGGUGGUUUUCUUGAUACCCUUCGGGCUCUGGUGGACUUCGGUGCGUCGGUCAACGUUCCUGACAGCUCAGGUGCGCUGCCCAUCCACAUCGCCAUCCGCGAGGGUUACAGAGACGUGGUGGAAUACCUUGCGCCACGGUCCAAUCUUAGCCAUCACAACACGAGCGGGGAGACGGCCCUGGAUGUUGCCAGAGCCUCCUGCACACCAGACGUGGUGGAACUGUUGGAACGUCAGUUGGAGUCUAGCCUGACUUUCAAGUCAUAGCAGAAAAACACAGGGAGUUUCAUGUAUCCCUUCCUCUCAUUAUUUUGCUUUUUGGUGAAAUUUCAUAUAUAGGAUUUGUAAUAAUGUGUAUCCUUAGAUUUUUGAAUCCGUUGUGGUAGUUUGAUAGCCUUAUGGUAGCCUAUAGUGUGAACACUUGUGGAAGAAGUGACACAUCUUUGUUUUUGCACAGAGUACCAUAGAGGGUACUGCAAACCUCGACUCAUUUGGGAGUUUGCCAUGCACAUUUGUAGAUUGACAAAUUGUCCUUGUUUUUUUUUUUUCCUUGUCCAUUCUGUCUACACUCACCCAAGUAGACAUUUGAACUGUGUUUGUUUUUUUGUUUUUUUUGAAAAUAUGAAAUGACAGCUGCACACCUCUUUUGGAUGGUUUUGCAGUUUGCACUGAUGAAUUUGUAGCAACCGAUGCUUCUUGCAUUGUUUCUUUUCUCUUUUUUUAAGAUUUAUGUGUUUUGUUUCUUGUAUAUAAAAUGUAUGAAUUUAUAUGUACUAUUUAUUGAAAUAUUGUACAUAGCAAUUUUAUGUUUACCACUGUGGAAUGCUUAUUGUUAUUUAUGAAAAUACACAUAAACCCUAAAAUAAUUUGAUGUAUUCACACUUCAUCAUUUCUUUAGAACACAAAUAAAAUAUUGUCCAUAUUUCUUCA